CAGCCCAGUGUUGUUCAGACUCAGAAACAUACAAAAAUCGAUCAUUCACCAUGAAUAGACUGAUAUUUGCCGCUUUUCUGCUUUAUGCAGCAUCUCAAACUGGUGAAUGCAUCACAGGAGGACAAGAGGCUGUAGCACACUCUUAUCCGUACAUGGCUUCACUUCAGUGGAAUGGAAAACAUGAGUGCGGUGGCUUUCUGAUCUCCAGGCAGUGGGUGAUGAGUGCAGCACACUGCUUUAAGGAUGGGAGAACAUCUGAUGUCAAGGUUGUGUUGGGUGCUCACUCUCUUUCAGAUGCUGAGGGCACUAAACAAACCUUUAAAGCUACUGCAGUCUACAACCAUCCUAAUUUCCAGAUAAGCAACUAUGACAAUGAUAUUGCCCUCCUCAAGCUGGAUAAGCCAAUCACUGAGAGCAAUGCAGUGAAACCAGUGAAAUUCCAGCGUGAAGGUGGGUUUGACCCAGAAAAGGAUGCUGAUGUGAAAACAGUUGGGUGGGGUUCCUUGAACAACCUGGGAGGACGACCAGACAAACUGCAAGAGCUCACUAUCAAAGUCAUGGAACGAUGGCUCUGUGGCCGCGGUGACUACUAUGGAACAAAGUUCACAAAUAACAUGCUCUGUGCUGCAGAAAGACGAAAGGACACCUGUGAUGGUGACUCCGGAGGUCCUCUCUUAUACAAGGACAUUGCUGUGGGAAUAACCUCUAAUGGAGGGAAGAAAUGUGGUUCCGCCAAAAAGCCUGGACUCUACACAAUCAUCUCCCACUACACUAAGUGGAUUUACAGUAAAAUCACCCAGUAAAAAAGGGAAAAAAUAAGCAAUUUUAAUCCUAGGAAGAAUUUAAUACAAAAUUAAGCCAUUUAAUCCUAGGAAGCUUUUUUCAAGAUAAGAAUCCUUUGCAUGACAUUUAUAUUUUUUUAGGCACUGUAUAUGUACUGCUCUUUUCUACAUCAAUAAAAACUUUUCUACAUCUACCUUAA